AUGAGGUUCUCUGUUGUCGGUGGUCCACUGGCAUCUACCAUUUCUCUUGAGGCGAAGCACUCCGACAGCUUCGAAUCCAUCUUCCAAAAAGUCCAAGAAGCUGCCGGCAAGGCAACGCCGCUCGAUGCGUACGACUUGUAUACGACAAGGCGCUCGUCGCUGACAGGGGAGCUUGUCGCAGCCGCCGGUCCGCUACGCCCCACAGACACCCCCUCGGACCUUCAGCUGGAGGUCGAACAGAGUGAUGCACACAUCCUCAUGCUGAUGCAAAGGGAUGCAGACACACCGCGUGCCACUACGCAAAAUCAGCUCUUGUGCAGCAACGCCGCUUCAGGGGACGCUAGCAGACUAGACAGCACCGCCAUUGCGUCCACAUCGACGUCUCUCACGACCACGCCGCGGGUGGCGGAUGAAUAUCGACGCCGCAUGCGUGCCAUGUACCUCAAGUACGACCCUGGCCAGAUACACAAGGUUGAAGUGGCACUCGACCGUUACCGCGGCUACGAGGAAGACGUACUGCAGCAGCUGGUGAAGAGGUACGGGCCAGAGCCGGCGCCAGGGGAGGUCCAUCUCUCCCCCACACCACCUGUUGUGCCGUCGUCCUGCCUCGACGCGCGUGAGAGCACGCCAUCGCACUCCGCUUCGACAAACGAGGCCAAUCCAGAUAGGAAACCCUCGUACUAUGAUCGACUUGUAGCCAUCUACUCCACCUACGAGCCGGGGAAGCUGAGCAAGGUUAAUGGGACUUUGAGGCGCUAUGCCGGUCGAGAGGAAGAGGUGAUCCAGCAGCUGGUGAAGAAGUACGGACCAGAGCCAUCCACUGAGCGCGUGGCAGCGGCUAAGGUUUCGGAGGCGACAAACGAACAGCUGGCGCCAACUUCUGACGUGGCACGGCAGCAGCUGACGUCAUCAGCGACCAAUGUAGAAGCGUCGGCACAUGCAAGCGCGACAGUGCCCGCUGUCGAGAAACAGGUGGCGGCUGUGCCGGAAGCCAGGGAAGCGGCACCAUUGUCCCUCACAGCCACCGCGAAACUCGUAGCAGCAACGGCAUCCGAUGCCCCACCAGUGGCCAGCGCCUACGGUGACUCCACCGUCGGGAUGCAGCCGUCGAAUAUCGAGGGAAGGCCGCUGGCGACGGUGACGUCUCCACUGGACAGCUCGGUGCCUCGUCACACAGCUCCCUUCACAGCUGUAGCCCCGCCAAACAAGGCGUGCACGGCGGAAUCGAUGACGAUCGGUGGUAACUACCGAGAGCGCCUAGUCUCUUUCUACAACGCGUACAACCCUGCGAAGCUGCACACGGUGGAGGGCACGCUGAAGAAGUUUUCGGGGAAGGAGGAGGUGGCCAUCCAGCAACUGGUGCGACGCUACGGAGCGGAGCCGCCCCCACUGCGCCCAGAGGAGGCUUACAGGCUGUUGACAGCCGCGAGCGCUGGUGGUGUGUCCAGCACACCACCAAGCGCCAGUCUGGCAACCACAAAUGCUCCAGGCACUGCCGCCACGCCGACUUUGGGCUUUGAACCCGCAUCCUUGGCGGAGCGGGCAGACAGCAAACUGGAGAUGUACAAAAGCGGCGAGGAGGAAGUCAUGGCGAAAUCGGAGGUGCGCUACGCUGCUCAAUGUGCGAAGAACAUCGCUGGUGAGCCUACGACGAGCGGUGCGGGCUCUUCGGCGGAGUCGGGGCGCUUCGACGCGGUGGUGGCCACUGCGCAGGUCAGUGCGGCGCCACCGUCUAUUGCGGUGGGCGUCCCACCAAGUCAUCGUAGCUCUCCGAGUGGCACCGCAAGCGCUGCGACACCGUCUACAGUAGAAAGCAUCAAAACUGCUUCGCCAGCUAGUCCCGUGGUUGCUGUGGUGGCAACGCCACACACGACACGAGUAGGAACUGUGGUGUCGGCAGGUGAUGCCAUGCCUCACGCGCAAGAGAGCAAGGCAUCGCAAGGUAGUCCGCCGCAACGAAGGGCGCUACCGCUUGGGGCGCUGCGAGUGGCGGCGGCACACGUGGAAGGUGCCGCACACAUGUCGUUGCGAGAACGGUACUGGGCCAUUUGGAGGGCAUACCGCGCCCAGAAGAGAGCGGCUGGGCUGUUACAGCAGGAGCUCUGGGUGGAAACGUCAGCCGGUGCUGCCAGUGGCUACCGCCUCAACGACUCCGUGGAGCCUGCGUACACAGUUGCGAACCUUUCGGUGGUGGUGGCCCAGGAGGAGCGAGGCGGUUGCAGCACACAAGGCCGCGCCUUGUCAAGCGAGCUGCAGAUUGCAAUGCGAGCUCUGCUGUCGUCGCUGCGGCACUGCGUCGAGUCGCGGGUGAUUCAGGCGGAGUCCACCGAAGAGCAUCAGCAGGCGAACGCGCUACUCACCCACUGGGCUGCCCCAGAGAACCUUUGCCCGGUCACCGACUCUCCGGAGCUGGCAUGUGCGCUGCAUCAGGCUGCGCACCUUAUUGGCAAGCUGGAGGGCCUCGUGACUGUGAUUCGCACGCAGGCGGGGCAGCUGCACCAGCUAAAGUCUCUCCAUCGGGAUGUAGUGGAGCGUAUGGAGCACGCUCACACCAACACACAGGCUCUGGGCAAGCUUCAAGCGCAGCUGAGCGCUGCGAACAGUGAUCGCCGGGCACUAGAGCAGGAGCUGAAGCGCAUCUCUGCCGGGGGAGCGGAAAGCCACGCUCGUCAGGCACCGUUGUGCCGUGUCUACCCUACUGCCGAAGAACGGAAAGAUGCCCAGAUCGCAAAACUUCAGCAAGAGCUGGCCAAAACACGCAAUUUACUCUUCUUGUCCAAAGAGGCAGAGGAUAAGCUGAAGGUGCAGCUGCAUCAGAGUCACACUCGCGAAGCUCGCCGAAAACACGAGGAGUGGCAUCGACAGGGAAGGAGUAGCCGUUACAGCAUCUCAGACCGGGCGCACGCACAGCCACGCAGCCGAUCCGCCAGGGCCGGUAAUGGCGUCCAUUCGUCGCCGUCGAAUUCACCUUAUCGGCGCUACACCCCAGUGUCCACCCCGCGCGGCGCGUUCUCACACGCCAUUGCUCAUGACACACCACGUGGCCCGUCGACGUUGCAAGUGCACGUGAACGGACGCCCCGUCUCCUCGAUUCGCAGGCCGGAUGCGGUCACCGCCGAGCAGGAUCGCGCAAGCACGUCAGUCAACAGUAGCACGCCGUGGCCCUCGUCACGCUACGUUAUGACGCCAACGGAGGUGGAACGGGGGCCAUGUCCCAACUGCCUUACCCCGCUGACCUCGUGCUGCCGUGAGGAGAGCGGCGCCGUGUCGGAGAAGGCAGCGUUUUGCUUCAGCUGUCGCCGGUACUUCACCUUUGGAGAACUGUGGACGGGCAAUGCACGUGAUGUUAUGAGACAACUGUAG